AUGGUGACUGGCCCUGGAAGAUCGUCCAGGCCUGUGGAGAGAGUCACGGACGAUGCUCUCUCAACCUGGGCUACGGGUAAAGUCGCCAUCAUCACCGGUGCAGCGUCUGGCAUCGGACUUGCGCUUUCACGAAUUCUUGCCAACGCAGGUGCUAGAGUUGUACUCGUAGACCGGGACGAGCAGCUGUUGUUGGAGGCUACACAGUCGCUCAACAACGAGCAAGCUUCCAGCUUCCAAUGCGACAUCACUUCCUGGGCGCAGCAGGCUUCGCUCUUGUCACACACCGUCGAGAGGUUUGGACCUCCGCACCUGGUGUGUCUGAACGCCGGCACCAACCCUGAGCUUGCGUACGUCAGCGGGCAGGCGGGAGCAAAGGCAAGCGUGCAGUCGAACUACCUUGCGAACGACACCGGAGCGUCUGGAUCUGGCGAGCUUGCACAGCCUUCCGACUUGGUGUUCGACGUCAACGUCAAGGGCGUAUUGUAUGGCAUCAAGCUUGCGCUACACCACGCCGCUGUGAGCUCCACGACUGGCCUUCACAUCAUCGUCACUGGCUCUGCAGCUUCUUACAUCGGGUUUCCGCUCCAGGACGUUUAUGUGACUUCCAAGCACGCCGCCCUAGGUCUCGUUCGAGCGACAUCACGGAGGCCAGAGGUGCUGGAGCGGCAGGUGGUACUCGCCAUGGUAGCUCCGUGGUAUACGCUGACACCAAUGGUGAGUGACGUGUCCGUCUCUGAGGAUGUUUCACAGUCGGCGAGCCAGCCGGAGGAUGUGGCAUGGGCAGUGGCCACUUUAGCCUCGACCUCAGGUGAAGGUGCGAAUGGGAAAUGCGUGUGGGUGAGAGGAAAGGAGUGUGUGGAAGUCGAAGAUUUAUAUCAAGCGUGGCUAGACUCGCUGUGA